UAUCGAUGACACAGAGCACUGCUGUUUUGGCGCUCUGAGUCACUGUGAAUCACGGAUAAAAUGGAAAUUGGAGGGUAUAUUUUGAGUGAAUAUAUCCCCGCCAAGCCGCUGGUCGGCAAUCUGGAGGUGUCCUUCACGGGUGGAGAGCAGACAUCCACUGAAUCAUGUGCCCAACUGAGAUGCGGCGAGGCUUUAAAGUUCCCAUUUGCCCGUCUGGAUUCCCAGCCAAGGGCAGUAGAGAUAAGGAGGAGCCAGGUGCUCGUGGCUGCAGAUAAGGCAACGGAAACAAAGCGCGUAGUUGAGCUGACCCUAGAGUCUUUUUUCGACUACGAGCCCGGGGACACCAUAGGAGUCUUGCCAAACAAUAGAGACGAACUAGUGGACCGGCUGCUCCAGCGGCUAGAACUUACUGACCAGGCCGACACCACUUGUCACCUAAAGUUGGCGCUCAAUUGCGCCAAGAAAAACGCCAAGCUACCCGCCCACAUUCCGGCAACGACGACUCCCCGGGAAAUCCUCACCGACUGCCUGUCGCUGAACUUCGUUCCGCAGAAGCAACUCCUCAGCGCUCUGGCCGGAUUCACAAGCGACGUCAAGGAGCGAAGCUUCCUGGCCUGCCUAUCCUCCAAACAGGCGGCCGAGCACUACCAAUCCCUCAUCCUGGAGCAGGGUCUCCUCUUCAUGGAUAUUCUUGAGCUGUGCGGUAACUGUAGGCCUCCACUGGCCUUUUUGGUGGAGCACUUGCCGCGUCUGCUUCCCCGACCGUAUUCCAUUUCCAACAGUCCUUUGGAAGCUGGUCCCCAGGAGCUACGCAUUAUAUACUCCCUGCUCAGCGAAAAGCCUGGAAUCACAACCAGCAUGUUUGAGAAGAAAAUAGAGGAAAUAACUGCGGAGAAGCCUACUAAAGUGGUUAUCUAUCCACGACUAAGCACUUCAUUCCGCUACACAGAACAAGAUCUGGGCAGCAAUCAAAUACUUAUUGCAGUGGGCACUGGGCUGGCGCCCUUUCUUGGAUUCUUCGCCCACAAGGAAAGGCUCAUCAAACAGCAGCCGCAGCAGAAAAAGGGACGUUCCUGGCUCUACAUUGGUGCCAAGACACCAGAAGCCAUCCUCAAGUGGCACAAGUUGACGUGCUGGGGGGGUUCAGUGUUGGAGCGUAUACGCAUGUGCAAGUCGCGAGGAAAACCUCCCAACUAUUUGCCACAAGUGCUGGCGGAUGAUGCCGAGGAUCUGGUCGAGUUCCUGCUGAAGCCAGAGACCGUGCUAUACCUCUGUGCCGAUGGGGGCAAGAUUUCCCAAUCCAUUGCCAAUGCGUUGAGUCUGUGCCUGCAGAAAGCUCUGCAUCUUACUGAGGAGGAGGCCUCCCGGCAGCUGAAGGAACUAAAGACGCAGGGAAAAUAUCGCGAAGAUGUUUGGCUGUAGGGGAUCAAACUUGGGAGCAGUCAAAAUAAUAGACCAAUGUAUCCUAUCUAAAUGAUUUUAUAGUUUAAUCUUCGGGAAUUCAUUUUCUUGUACUUUAGUCUUUUGAAUAUUAAAUGUGCUUUGGUUUCUAUUUUGUAUUUUUAAGCAAACUGUGUAAAUAAAGAGGAAG